CUGAAAUAGGAAUGCUUAGUAAGGUCAAUUUGAAGAUAUUAUUUACCUUUGAUAUUUAAUUAGAAUUAUUCUUAUCUAUUUAUAAAUAAGAGAGUAUGUUGUUUGUUUAUAUAUAUAUAUAUUUCAGAGGUAGAAAUUAAAAGAAGACUAAAAAGAAAUUUAUUAUUAAAAUUUACAAUCAAACAUUUAAUUAAAGUAUUUGCUUAUUAAAAAGUAAGAAAUAGAGUUAGAAUUUCAAAAUGGGAAAAUAAAAGAAGACAAGAAAGUGCGGAGCAGUCAAAAGACUCAUUAGUACAAAGGAUGAUAGAGUAAAAACCACAAAAGAAAAGGAAAAGGAAGUUAAGAGAAAGGAAUUAUUGAAAAAUGCAGAUGAAGCUUAAGUUAAAGAAAUAGAAUCAACUCCUACUCACUUAUUCUUUAAGCAUAACACUGCCUUAGGUCCCCCUUAUAGAAUUUUGUUGGAUACAAACUUCAUAAACUUCUCAAUUUAAAAUAAAUUAGAUAUUUUUAAAGCUUCCAUGGAUUGCUUGCUUGGUAAAUGUAUUCCUUAUAUUACUGACUGUGUUAUUGCUGAAUUAGAAAAAUUAGGUCACAAAUAUAGACUUGCUUUAAAGUUAAUGAAAGAUCCCAGAUUUGAAAAGUUAAAAUGUGACCACAAGGGCACAUAUGCUGAUGAUUGUAUUAUAAACAGAGUUAGAGGAUCAAGAGUGUAUAUUGUUGCAACUUGUGAUAAGGAUCUCAGAAGAAGAAUCAGAAAGAUUCCAGGUGUUCCUAUUAUGUACAUAUAAUCUCACAAAUACAAUAUUGAAAGAAUGGCUGAAGCCUAUGGUGCUCCUCGUUGAGUAAUCAACAUAAAGCAAGCACAUAAUUAACAAAAAAAAACUACAAAAUACUUAAUAUAAAUAAAAAACUUAAUUUAAUUGUCGAUCAAUAAAAGCAGGACAAGCAAACAAACAAACAUCUUUUAAUUAAAUAGCUAGCUAAUAAAUAUAUAAUAAAAUUUAUUCUUUUCUUCUAUUAUAUGUUUCUUGUAAAUUUAUUAGAUUUUAUAAAUCAAAAUACGA